CUCUGCUGUCUCUCCCCCCACCCAGUGACAUGAUGCACUUGGCAAGGGAUCAUGUUGGGGACCUUUAAGAUCGCUGUGCUGGGGUCUCCAGGGGUGGGCAAAACCUCUAUAAUCCGCCAGUUCCUGUACAACGAAUUCAGUGAGGGUUACAGCCCCAGCAAAGAGGGCUGCGCUUACAGGUCUUCUGUGGUCCUCAACGACAACCUGUUCGACUUGAAGAUGAUGGAUGUGCCUCACAUCCCCGAGUUUCCAGCCAACAGGACCCAGGAGUGGUCAGACUCACGAUGCAGGGGCGUUCGAAGCGCAAACGCUUACGUGCUGGUCUACGAUAUCUGCUGCCUGGACAGCUUCGAGUACGUGAAAAUGAUUCGGCAGCAGAUCACAGAUCUCAGGACCAGCAACAACUCGCACAAAGUGCCUAUCAUCGUAGUGGGCAACAAGCGGGACCUGCAGAAGCAGCGAUUUGCCCGGCGGAGGAGCCUGUGCGUCCUGGUCAAAAAGGUGUGGAAAUGCGGCUACAUCGAGUGUUCGGCCAAGUACAACUGGCACGUGUUGCUGCUGUUCAAGGAGCUGCUGAGCAGCACCGUGGAGCGAGGCUACAAACACUCUCACGCCUCCAUCUGCAUCCAAGGUGCACUCCAGGGAAACAGGUGCAGUGUGAUGUGAUUCCUUAUGCUUCAUAGUCAACCUUUGGCUUUGGGAGGAUUUUUCACUCACGGACAAUUUUCAGACCGGAAGCCGGGAGGUAUUCUUGGAGACCAGCGUCUGGAUCUUGUUACAGGAGGGCGGGGUUGGUUAAGAGUCUGUGAUGGCAUCUGCAUUUACAAGGGAUCACCUUGUAAAGUGGUCUGUUCACACAGUGGGUUUUGGACAUCAAACCGUAGUGUAACUCACGUUGACCCCUGUUGAUAAGUUUUUUGACUUUGUAUCUCGUCGCCCUUGUGGUAACCAGAGAGAGUCUGUCACUUGUCAGAAUCCAGACCCUUCCGUGCGGGAUGGGAAUUUUAUAGCAGGAUCCUUUCUCACCCUCCCC